GGAGCUCAUCUAUGUACUCCCCAGAUUCAAACCGGCAACCUUCAGGUCAGCAACCCAACCUUCAAGUCAGCAGUCCGGCUGGCACAAGGGUUUAACCCAUUGCACUACCAAGGGUUCCUAGCAAUUAUUAUUUUUCGGGGCAGACCAAGAUGGUGAUGAACAGAAGUCAAUACAGGAAAGUUAAAAAUAGCUGUGAACAGUUUGACGAUGGUAAACAGAAUAGCAGCUUGUUCUAGUCCAUUGAGGCUUUGUGGGCAAGCGUUAUUUUCCACCGAAGUGGCCACAAGGCUAACGUUAGCUCAGAAGGAACCCAGCAGCUGCUUCACUGGCCCCUGGACCCCGGAGAGCAUCAUCCGUCCUCCCGGUUGGCUCUUCUGAUCUUGUCGGCAGGAAACCACGAACUGACGCAGGCGGGAGGCUUUAUUAGGGCAUUUUGGUAGACGAGUGACUUUGUCAGAUGAAAAAAUCCUUAUCAAGAGCAUAGAAGACUCCAAAUGUUUGGUCUUCUUUGGAAGCCGCGGAGAGCUUCUGAGAUUCCAGGGGAGAUGCUUUGAACCCUGUCGCAAGGAAGACGUCAAGGGCAGGAUGGGUCUGCAUGGAAGCAAAACCAACAACACCAUCGUGCGUCAGAGGAACAAUUCAAUAUAUAAGCUGAGACCUAAAAAGAAAGUGCCACCACCUGCACCACCGAUCAAACCAAACCCAUCUUCUGCUUCUGCUAACCAGGCUUCGAGCAAUGGCAAACACUGUGUAAUUGCACAACAUGAUUUUGUACCAUCAAGUGAACGGGAUCUGCCAUUGACAGCAGGUGAAAGAUUUGAAGUCCUUUGCAGCAACGGGGACUGGUGGCUAGCAAAAUCACUUACCACCAAGAAGAUAGGCUACAUUCCUAGCAAUUUUGUGGUCCGGUUCAACAGCCUAGAAGAAGAAAAGUGGUUUUUUAAAGGCCUCAGCCGAAAAGAAACCGAACGCUUCUUGAUGGCACCGCGCAAUGCGGUGGGUUCGUUUCUGAUCAGGGAAAGUGAGACAACUCCAGAUGCCUUUUCCCUUUCCAUCAGAGACAGCACUUCUCAAGGGGAUGUCAUCAAGCAUUACAAGAUUCGGAAGAUGGACAACGGCGGGUAUUACAUUUGCCCCAAGGCCAUGUUCUUUUCACUACCGGAGCUUGUCAAGCAUUAUUCUGUUCAUCAAGGUGGUUUAUGCCAGAGACUCAGAGAACCCUGCAUCUCUCUGACUCCACAAAUCCCUUGGGCCACAGAUGAAUGGGAAAUCCCUCGGUCGACCCUGAAGCUGAUCAAGAAGUUGGGAUCUGGACAGUUUGGAGAGGUGUGGAUGGGAUAUUACAAGAACAAUGUGAAGGUGGCCAUCAAGACAUUGAAAGAAGGCAGCAUGUCUUCAGAUGCCUUCUUGGCCGAGGCCAACUUGAUGAAGCAACUUCAGCAUAGCAAGCUGGUGCGGCUACAUGCAGUUGUGACCGAGCAACCCAUUUAUAUCAUCACAGAGUACAUGGCCAAUGGGAGUUUAUUGGAUUACUUGCAAACCGAAGAAGGAAAGAAACUGAAUCUUCCCAGACUUAUUGAUAUGGCUGCUCAGGUUGCGGAAGGGAUGGCGUACAUCGAGAGAAUGAACUCCAUCCACAGAGACCUCAGGGCCGCCAACAUUUUGGUCUCGGCGACGCUUUGCUGCAAAGUUGCCGACUUCGGCCUGGCUAGGAUCAUAGAGGAUGAAUACUUUGCACAAGAAGGUACCAAAUUUCCUAUCAAAUGGACGGCUCCGGAAGCAAUUAACUAUGGGGUUUUCACCAUUAAAUCUGACGUCUGGUCUUUUGGGAUUCUUCUAACAGAAAUCAUCACUUACGGAAGGUGUCCAUAUGCAGCGAUGACCAAUCCUGAAGUUAUCCAAAAGCUAGAACAGGGCUAUCGGAUGCCGUGCCCAGACUCUUGCCCACCUGAACUCUAUGCCAUGAUGCUGAAAUGCUGGAGAGGCAAGGCGGAAGAAAGGCCCACCUUUGAGUACCUCCAGUCUACCCUUGAAGACUUUUAUACGUCCACAGAAAUGCAGUAUCAACCAGAGCCUGAGGUUUCCUGACCAUUGAGUGGUGGAGGAAAGGAGAGACCCUGAAAAAAGAAAUCAGAGAACACUAGUGGGAGAGACGCCUGAGGCUUCUUAUAAAUUGGACAUUGCUGGGUCUUUGGACAUCUCUUUUUUAGUGUCGUUCUCCUCUAUGUCUCUCCAUUUAGAAGUAUGUGAACCGAGCUGGUCCCUGGAGUCACAAAACAAGAUGUUCCAUGUAGAAGAGAAUUUAAGAAAUGGAAGACAAAUUAAUUGAAUAAAUAAUUUAAAUUGUCAAGGCUGGGUCCAUCAUCAAGUAAACAAAAAAAAAAAACAUGAAAAGUAGGAGGAUUAACAGUUACGCCAGUUCACACAGUUCAUUGUCCCCAUGUUGUGCACUAAUGACAAAAUGGCUCACUUUGUUUUUGCCUUAGAAGAGGACUUUUUUUGGUAAAAUUUCCAACUCUUUUCAUCAUUAUUUGUAUCCUGCCUUUCUCCUAAAAUUUGGGCUCGAGGCAACAUAGGAUUUGAAAACACAGACAGCCCUCUACCUUUAUUAGUGAGCACAUUUAUUUACAGUAUUUAUAUUCCACCCUUCUCACACCAAAGGGUACUCAGAGCAGAUAACAAUGCACAUAUACAUGGCAAACAUUCAGUGCUAAUGUUAAAUUGCCUCUAUAAUAGACAUAUACAACACAAACAGACAGACAAGAGAAGCAAUUUAACAUUUUUUUCCAGCUUCCGGCUUCGUGAGGGUAUGUUCAGUUCCAGCCACAGGGGGAGCUGCCGCUUCAUCAUCCACUGUGACACCGAGUCCUUUUUUUGAUGUAGUACUUCCUCAUUGUUCUUUGCACGCGCCAGCAGUUUUAUGGUGUCAUAAAUUAAGUUAAAUUAACCUCCCCGCAUUAAGCAGUUCAUAUAAUUCUCUACAACUGUUCUUGAGCUGCUUAGGUGGGCAGCAAGCUAGGCUAUUAAUGGUUGGGAGCUUAACCCCGACCCAGGCUUCAAACCAAUAACCACUCAGUAGUGAUUUAUUGCUGGCUACUAACCAGCUGUGCCACAGCUGGCCCUCAGAUCAUUGAAUCAGAUUGUUUCAGGUUUUUCCCCCCAGGCUUUACAUACAUCCUCAACCACAAGCCUAAAAGGAUGUGGGUUGCUGUGAGUUUUCCGGGCUGUGUGGCCACGUCCCAGAUGUGUUUUCUCCAGACGUUUCACCCACAUCUAUGCCAG